GUUGGUUAUACUAAUUUUGGAAAUACUCCUGUCAGUUCAUAGCAUAACUAUGCCUUCUGACAAAGAGGCUCCCACACCCUCUGGGUCUACUAACCCUAAUCAAGGUGGUUUUAAGGCACCUUCAGGUGUGUCUGAUAUUAUGGCGGGUCCCCUCGCUGAGCUUGAUACCUCUGCGGAUAUGCAGACCCUGAUAGAUGACACUACGUCGCAAGCUAUGACCAAAACCCUUAUGUCGGCCAUGGGACUAAUGUCUGACUCAAUAUCUCAGACGCUUACACAUGCCCUGAUUCAGGUGCAAAAAUCAACUGAACCGACUUCGGGCCAGGUUUUGCCGGUCACAACACCUUUACAACCUCAAGCUGGCCGCAAGGCCUUAGCAAAG